GAAUCCACAGCCUCGGACAGUGACGGAAGUGAUCUCGGAGAAAAACAUCAUUAUACAUAUAUCUCGGACGGGGAACAAAAAAUUCACUUCGUUUCCGAAUUAUGACUGUGAAUAUCACCAAAUAACUGCGGUGCGGUGUUCGAAGCAACGAUUUUUCACACUAUUUUCCUGAAAGCUCGCCGCAUGCGAUUUGUGUCAUAAAAGCUGUGAGCGAUACUCGUCGGUGCAUCUACCACAUUUCGUUCAGAUUUCGUUCAAAGUAAAUUCCAAGUGACAUGCGAAUUCGAAUAUUUGAAUGAACCGUGCGCCUCGUACAUGUAAAGAAUUCUUCACGGACUAUAGGGAUGCGCGCUAAAUCGUCGUUGAAAAAAAAAGAUUUUUUAAGAAAAAAAAUUCAGCGCCUGGACGCUUUUCGUUAGAUUCGUUCGCAUCGUUUUGUGAAAAGCGUAACGAAGGGUGCGAGAAUUUGACGCGAAACGGAUCAAACUUGAAAUUCCGAGCGAUAAUGAACGUUAGUGAGCCGUCGGUGAAUUCAACCGCCGAAGAUCUUUCGGACAGAAGCAACAGCAGUAAUUCGGACGUUCAUCUUCACGCGUUUCAGGAUUAUGGAAAGAUCAAAGAGCUGAACCUGUCGAUAAAUAAAGGUAAAGAUACCGCGACGAUACAGACGAAGGAUUUCGGUUUCGCGUCGCAGGAGGCGAAUCGUCAGCAAGGAUUUACAUUCGGUGGUCUUCAGGUCGACGAACCGUGCACGAAAGAACUACCUGUGGCUCUGGACAAACCGAAAGAGUUCGCAGAUUUUCAAAGUGAGAAGGUAAAGGAUGCCUCGAGUUAUUCCAUGGACAGAUCCGAGGACACGGACGUUUCUCUCGACGCGACGAAGGAGCAGUACACCGCGAAUCUUAUCGGGUCGAAAGAUAAGGAAGUGAUUUUUAACUUUGACGGAAUAAGGGACGUUCAUUUUCCGAGAGAAGCAAGGGACGGCAGGACGAAAAAUAUCCACUUUCCCGUCGACAGAAACAAAGACAUAAAUUUUCAGAAGACGUACAAUCAUCCCCUCGAGAGAAUAAAGGACUUCAACUUCGCGUUGGACAGAAGGAGGGACAACUCCCACGUCGGGGGACUAGCUUUGGAACGUCUUCGCGGCGGGUCCUUCAUGGAUCCCGCGAACGACUACAGAAAUCCGCAAAUGCAACCCAGGGACGAAAUCGAAGCGAUAACGAUCGAGACGAUGCGUCGCUCGCACAUAUUCACAUCCGAGAUCGCGAGCCGAAAUUUACCCGCUCACUUCUCGCAUCCGCAUUCGAUAACCGAAAUGCACCACUCGCAACAACAGCAUCAACAACAAGGAAAAUCAUUCACGAUCGACUCGAUCCUGGGACUCCGGAAUAACCAGAGGGAUAAACAACAGAGGAGUCGGCAACAUCCCUACAGAAAACAUCAAGGUCAUCAGGAAGGCUUGGCGAAGAACGGUUCUUCCGGAUCUAACUCAGGUGGGGGUGGAAAGCUGAAGAGGGUCAGAACAAUUUUCACAGCCGAACAGCUGGAACGUUUAGAGGCGGAAUUUGCGAGGCAACAGUACAUGGUUGGUCCGGAAAGGCAGUACCUCGCACACGCGCUGGGACUGACAGAGGCGCAAGUUAAAGUCUGGUUUCAAAAUCGACGUAUAAAGUGGAGGAAAUUACAUCACGAACAGCAGAGUCAACGUCUUCACGAAUUGCACUCGCUUUCCUCGCUGGAGCAGGACGUGGACGACAGCAACGACAACGCGGAUUGUCGAGAAGUUUUUAAAACGGAUUUUCCCAGGGCGCACGGUAACCCUUUUCUCAGAGAACUCGAAACCACCCGUGCCUCGACCGCGAAGAAAAUAUAA